ACGGCCUUUGAUGUGCAGCAUCCGCAGCCGCAUGUCUCAGAGGGCAUGGCGCACCUUGGACUUUUUCGACCUGUGAAAGUCGGAACAUGCAAGCGACACCUCAGACUGAGGGAGAGGAAGUGAAGCUCAUCUUUGAACUGUUAGAUGCAGACCACAGCGGCAAGAUCGAUGUGGAUGAGCUGAAACGAGUCCUUCUGUCCCUCAGUUCCUGGGAUGAGAAGCAGGUGGAGGCCUUGAUUGACCAGUUCGACAAGAACAAGGACGGUGAGCUGUCCAUCGUGGAGUUCUGGAGCUGGGUCAAUGGUCAUGAUGGCAGGUCGACGGAGAACUACCGUCCAGCCUUGCUAGAUAUGGCGGUGGCCGAGAACAAACGAAAAAUCUCCGAGACCGAGGAGCGUUUGGCCGCCUUCCGCGACCGGAAAGCCGCCGAGGAUGCCAAGGCCGCCGCCGAGGCACAGAGACAGUUAGAACGAGAGCAAGGCUUGCGUUUAAGUCGAGAUGCUUUCGUCAAAGAAAAGAUGGAGGCGGGCUUUUCGAAAAAGGUCGCAGAAGAGCUGUACAGCAAAUGUGACCAAGAUCGCGAUGGUGAAGUGAACCAUCAAGACAUUGGACGGUUGGUCUCUGACACCCUGGCCACUUUGGAUCAAGUGAAGGCAACGUACCAGAAAGGGAUCCAGAGAGAGGCAGAGGAAGUCAGUUGGAGCGAGGACUGGAAGGCCGAAGUCUCGAAGCUGCUGAAGAAGCGUGGCUUCAAAGAGGAGGAGGAAGGUUUGAAAUAUCACACGACCAAUGCAAGUGGAGAGGAGAUUGCCAUCAGGGAGAUCUUGAAGGACAAAACUGCAACACUGGAGUCAAAGUACUUCCCCAUCAGCCUUCAUUUGGAGGUCGCUGACUGCGAUGACAAGGGCCUGGGCCAACUGGUUGAUACCUUUUUGGCCUGGGAUAAGGACGGAGAUGGCACCGUCUCUGCCGAUGAAUUGAAGGAUGUCUUGCAGCACGUGAAUCCCAAAUUCACUGAGGUCACGCUCGCCAAGAUGAUGGGUGAGAUUGACGUGAAUGGUGAUGGUGUCAUUGACAUCCAAGAAUUUGUUUCCUGGCUCUCGGGUGAGAACCUGAAGAAGAAAAAAAUGAAAAAGAAGGCCAAGGAGGAGCAAGACGCGAAGAUUUGCUUCACACUUCACAGGAAAAGAUCGGACGAAGCAAAAGAUCAAAAGAAGUUGGAUGCUUUCAUGUCAGCUAUGAGUUCUGACGUCAAAGACUUUUGCAUCGCGAAAAAGCUGGAGUUGAGCUGCGGCACGGUGAACGCCGGCUCCAACGCCAACUGUUCCGCCUGUGGUGCUCGACAUUCCUGGGUUUGCCAUGGCUGUGGUUUUGUCUCGUUUUUCAAAAAUUGCGUCAACGACUGCGACACAUCUUCUUACGGAUGGUUCUGCAUAAGUGGAAAAUGUCCCAAGAAAAAAUGUGGAUGCAAGAAAAAACCCGACUUCUGGCAACGUUCGGGCUUCACCAGCUCAAUGGAGAAGGUCUCCCUGGAUGUGGAGCAUCUGUCGAACCCCUGCAACACACCGACAUCUUUUUCUUCACGUUCUUCGUGGCUAGCAGUAGCAGCAUCACUGCCUUUGCCAAGUCCACGAGGAAACUGCGUCAACCUGGGCGAGGAUCUCUGGCUGGCGUGGCAUCGACAUACUGGUCAUCUGAAGAGCUGGAAUCAACGCCCCACUGGACGCCGGCUUGAUUCCCCUGAGGGAUACUGGAAUCGAAGAGUGUGCCGGCAUCGUCCUGCAAACACAAGGCCCACUGCCAAGCCGAAGCAAUCAUUUUCCUCAGCUCAGGAGGAGCUGCAGACACGGAGUCGCCUGGUUCAGAUUCUUCUUCUUCAGCAGGUGCUCUUCAUAUACUUCACGGAGACACGCCGCAAAGCCAUCUGGAUACUGCCUCAGGCUGGCCAGCAAGGACUGCCUGACGAAGCCAAGCCAUUGCAGAGGCGUGGGACAAGGAGACGAAGUCAAAGGCGCAGCAGGCUCACCAUUGGGCUCCCCAUCAUCUUCGGCAUCUUCGUCAUCAGGUGUUCGAAGUCAGCAUGCACUUGGCACACAGUGUGCACAAUGGGCACUGGGCCAAUAGCUGGCGGGGAAGUGUCUAGUUCAGAGGCACAUGAGGUGGCUCGAAGUUCUUCGUGAGGCAAAUCGCGGGCCAACUUUCACCAGGCCAACUAUGAGCAGGGUUCUUCCAGAGGAACAUUCCCUGUUCAUACCCUAUUCUUUUGUAAGAUUGGAUCAUUGCCAAUAUCAUUGCUGCAUUCGACAUUG